UUUAACAAAACCGGUUGGUUCUGAUGAAAUUAAUUUAAAUCAAUCAGAUGCAUCAGCAUCUAAUCCUGGGUCAUCGAAACGUAUCAAAACAAAAAAGGUGGCCGAACUUGCUAGAGAUUUAUUAGGAAUCGAUGAUUUGGAGCUGGCAAAGUUCAAUUAUACUAGAGAUGAGUUGCAAGUAAAUCAAGAUGCAUCUGAUAAUUGUAAUAAAGAAUCAGAUAAGUCUGACGAAGAGGAAAAAGCUAAUAAGGCAUUGACAGAGAAUAAUGAAGGUAGUAGUUCUGGUUUUGCAAGGGGAGUUCGUAAUCGUGGAAGGGGAAGUAAAAAUAGAGGACGCAGUACACGUAGA